GUGAACUUGUGGUCGUUGCCAUUAAGGCUCGCAAUUUAAGUGCUCGCGAUGUCAUCGGUAAGGGAGAUCCUUUUACCACAUUUCGGAUAGGUGAUAUGGCUAAAAGAACAAAAACUGAUAAACGAGGCGGGCAACAUCCAGUAUGGGAUGAAGAAAUACGCUUUCAACUUAUGGAUGAACCAAGGCAUAAAGUAAUGAAGAUUCAAAUUUACAACGAAGAUAAACGGGAGCAUAUUCUUGUGGGUGAUGAAGUCAUUAAAUUAGAUGAGGUGUUAAAAACCGGUGAAUGGGAUGCUUGGCAUGAAAUCAAAUAUCGUAACAAAUAUGCCGGGGAAAUUUACCUUGAGAUGACAUUUUACAACGCU